GCAAGUCGGCGCAUUUUCUCUAGUAUUUUAAAAAUGAGAUUUUUUGCAGAUGUUUUGAAGUCAGCUGUGGCAAAAUGUAAAGCAGCUGAAUUAGAAUCGUUAGUUCGACGAUGGGGAUACUUGAAGAAUGUUGAAUUAGAUCAGAUUGACUUUUCCAAAUCGAAAAGAUGUGUAUAUCGAGAGAUGUUAAGAUUGUGUGAUGAAAAACACAAGCAGAAGGAAACUGCUGAUAGAGUCAAUGAAUUUGACUUGAUGUGUGCUGUGAAAUAUCCAUACAAGAAAAGAUGGUCUAUGUACAAACUUAGUGAUAAAAAGUCUGGGACUUUGAAAGAAAAUGAGCUAUCAGAUCCUAGAAAAUUCAAGAAGAAGCUCCAGCAACAAAUUGAACUGUAUUUUGAUUCAGCAGCUUCAGUAUCAGUGACUUUACAUGAUGGUGCUCUGUGGUGCAGGCUCUACAUACAGUCGGGGGCACCUGCUCGCUUUAUGAACUCGAACACUAUUUACCUGGUAUAUUACCCUCACUGCCCAUGCUUUGCCAUUUCAGCCUUCAAAGUCUCUGUCCGGAAUUUUCUGUUUCAGUGUCUGUCAAAUGCCUUUAACCAUCAUUCUCUCACAAACAUGAUGCUUUCAGGACUACAUUACAAGUCACUUUUUCAACUGGCUUUCAACAAGAUAGGAGAGACGUCAUUUGGAAGACUAAGAGCCAUUCAGAAUCUUCCCUUUCUGUGCAAGAAUGAGCGUAAGCGCAAAGCAAAAGAAAUGGAAAGAGAACCCAACAUGCGAUCUGAAGAUGAAGUGAUGAAACGACAAAGGUCCCAAAGUUUGGAGACCUCCUUUGGUGUCUAUGAACAACCUGUUUUGGAAUCACUGCAGUUUAAGGUGGAGGUAAAAUUCCGAGGAAGUCAGAACCUAGUAAACUUUCCAGUAGAGGAUGAACCAUUUAGAUGUCGUGUAAAAUUUGAAGGACCUUCUGUUUUAGAGGGAGUUCGUAAUUUAGCAACCUGUGGGCUAGCCAAUGAGCCACUACCUAAACAUUUACUUCGAGUAAAUUCACUGGGGACGAAUUACUUUGUUCUUCGAAGCAAAGACAAAACUUGAUGCAGAAAAUCUUUAAAACAAAUUUAUAAAUGUUUUUGAGGUUGUAUUCUGUUUUACAGUUCAACAGUUGUCAAUUUUAUACAUGUACUUACUGCCACAGUAAUUAUACAGUUCCUAUAGACAGGUAGUUCAUGUAUACAUGUAAUGACUACUAGCAGUAAUUAUCAAGUUCCUCCAGACAGUUAGUUCAUGUAUACAUGUACUGAUUACCUAGUGCAGUAAUUAUACAGUUCAUGACAGGUAGUUCAUGUAUACAGAUGUGUUCAUCAGUGUGAUGGCUUUCUUUUAUCUUUUACAUUCUUAUCUAUCAAUGUUUAACAGUUUUAUUUGUUAUUUCACUGUUACUAGAAAAAUAGAUUGUUCUGAACAAAAAUAUAUAUUAAAUUAUGAAACAGAA